AUGACCAAACUACCAACCGUAUGUGUGCCCAUACCAGGGAAAUCACUCAAGCUAUAUUUGGCUACCAAUAAUGAAGUAAUAGGGGCACUCAUAGCCCAAGAUGAUCAAGAAGAGAUUGAGCGACUAGUUUAUUAUGUUAGCAGAAAGUUAAAGGAUGCAGAAACCCACUAUCCAAGGGCUGAGAGGGCUUGUCUUGCUCUAAUAUAUGCUGCCCAGCGACUGUGCCAUUAUCUGCUAGCUUACACGGUACAGCUCUUAACAAAAUCUCAUUCAAUCCACUCACUCUUGAGGCAACCGAUUCUUUUCAAAAGGCUAGCACAAUGGCUCUUGCAACUAUCUGAGUUUGAAAUCAUAGCAAUCACUCCAACAGCUGUAAAGGGUCAAGCCAUAGCUGAUUUAUUGGAAAACUUUCUCAAUGAAGAUAGCUGGGACAUUACUGAUGAUGUACCUAGAGAACUGCCAGCAGUUGCACUGGUGGAAAUAGCUGGGGCAGCUUGGACUUUACAUUUUGAUGGAUCCUCUACUACUUCUGAAGGAGGGGCUAGAAUAGUCUUAUCCAAGAGCACCGGAGAAACAGUGAGUAUGGCAUUCAAGCUUGAUUUUCCAUGCACUAACAAUAUGGCUAAAUAUGAAGCAUAUCUCACGGGCCUAGCAGUAGCUCGUGAAAUGGGAAUCAAACGUCUUCAAGUAAUUGGAGACUCAAAUCUGGUUGUUUUCCAAGCUAGAGGAGAUUUUGCACUUAGGGAACCAUCUUUAGCUCCAUAUAAAGCUAUGGCUCAAAGGUUGGAGGACUCUUUUGAAGAAUUCAAUAUUGAACACUCCAUAAGGUUUGAAGGCGCAACUACAGAUGUCACUAUUAUAAAACGGCCAAUCCCAGUGGUACAAAUGCUGAAGGAAGAACUCUCUGAUCAACCGCUGGGACAUACAGACUGGUGGUCUUCCAUUAAAGAAGUACUAUUAUCACCGGAUGAGAAGGAUCAUUUAAAGAUACUGAAAGAUUAUGCUCUAAUGGCAAGGAAAUUAUACAAGAAGCUACCUAGAGGAGUUAUAACUAGAUGCUUGAGCCCUGAUGAGUCCACCAAGUUUGGCAUCCCUCACAAGAUUGUUACUGAUAAUGGCACUCCUUUUGUCAACAAGAAUGUCCGAAAAUUACUUGACCAUUGCCACAUCAAGCACCGUAAGUCCACUCCUUAUUAUCCACAAGGCAACUGUCAAGCGGAAGCCACCAAUCAAGUGCUAUUAAGAAUUCUCAGCAAGAUGGUGCAUGAAUAUAAGAGUGGCUGGAUAGAACACUUGUUGGAAACCCUGUGGGCAUACCGAAGCUCAAGUAAGACAGCCACCAGACUAUCACCAUUCUCUCUUGUAUAUGGUACUGAGGCUAUAUCUCCUAUUAAGCUAUUGGUUCCCACUCCAAGGGUUGUUCAUGGACAAGAAACAGACAUAGAUGCUGCCACUUGUGCAAAAAUCAGAACUAUAGACCCCGAAACCUUGGAAGAGAUGCGAAAUCUUGCCUAUGACUGCACCCAGUGGUACCAGUGGCAAAUGGCCAAUGCUUACAACAAGGCCAUGAAAUCUAGGGUUUUUGUCAAGGGACAAAUGGUUUUGAAGGCAACAGAUCAUAUAAAGAGGAAUCUCUCAGCACCCUCUAAGUUUGCCCCAAGUUGGGAAGGGCCCUAUCUUAUAAGGGAAGUAAGUGCCAGCGAUUAUUAUCAUCUAGCUACAGUGGAGGGCGAAAGUCUCACGGAACCUAUCAAUGGCAAAUGGCUUAAGUUGUACUAUGCUUAA